AGCCCCUACGGAGCACACGGUCUCCAGCGUGUUUCAGUUCUGUUUGCCCAGGUGAAGAACUAGGGCACGCAGGGAAAACUCACAGGUUGGCACUGAACUUGAAAACCAUCCCGUGUAUCAUUCAUCCGCACAAAUACGCCUAGCAACCCACGAGCCCAUGCUUCUGGGAAAUGAAUAGCGGUGGGCUGGGAGUCCCGCUGAGAUCAGAGACAAUCCUGAAAAAGAUAGCAGCCAUGUGUUGUCGUCCUCAUUGGGCUUUCCCACACCGCUGGUGUGUGCGGCUGCUGUGGAGCCCUUCGUCCCAGAUACAAGAGGCUGGUGGACAACAUCUUCCCUGAAGAUCCUGAGGAUGGUUUGGUGAAAACCAACAUGGAGAAGCUGACCUUCUAUGCCCUCUCGGCUCCAGAAAAGCUGGAUCGCAUUGGUGCCUACCUCUCAGAGAGGCUCAUCCGAGACGUGGGGCGCCAUCGCUAUGGGUACGUGUGUAUCGCCAUGGAGGCGCUGGACCAGCUGCUCAUGGCCUGCCACUGCCAGAGCAUCAACCUCUUCGUGGAAAGCUUCCUUAAAAUGGUGGCCAAGCUGCUGGAGUCGGAGAAACCCAACCUGCAAAUCCUGGGCACCAACUCGUUUGUGAAGUUCGCCAACAUUGAAGAGGACACCCCGUCGUAUCACCGGAGCUAUGACUUCUUUGUGUCCCGAUUCAGUGAGAUGUGCCACUCAAGUCAUGAUGACUUGGAAAUCAAGACUAAAAUCCGAAUGUCGGGCAUCAAAGGCCUGCAAGGGGUCGUGAGGAAGACGGUGAAUGAUGAGCUGCAGGCCAACAUCUGGGACCCACAGCACAUGGACAAGAUCGUCCCGUCGCUGCUCUUCAAUCUGCAGCACGUGGAAGAGGCAGAGAGCCGGUCUCCCUCGCCCCUCCAAGCACCAGAGAAGGAAAAGGAGAACCCAGCCGAGCUGGCUGAGAGGUGCCUGCGGGAGCUACUGGGCCGGGCAGCCUUCGGCAAUAUCAAAAACGCCAUCAAGCCUGUUCUCAUCCACCUGGACAACCAUUCUCUUUGGGAACCCAAGGUGUUCGCCACCCGUUGCUUCAAAAUCGUCAUGUACUCAAUUCAGCCGCAGCACUCCCACCUGGUUAUCCAGCAGCUCCUGAGCCACCUGGACGCCAACAGCCGCAGCGCGGCGACCGUGCGCGCCGGCAUCGUGGAGGUCCUAUCGGAAGCUGCGGUUAUCGCCGCCACCGGCUCCGUCGGGCCCACGGUGCUGGAGAUGUUCAACACGUUGCUGCGGCAGCUGCGGCUCAGCAUCGACUACGCGCUAACCGGGAGCUACGACGGCGCCGUGAGCCUGGGCACCAAGAUCAUCAAGGAGCACGAGGAGCGCAUGUUCCAGGAGGCGGUCAUCAAGACCAUCGGCUCUUUUGCCAGCACGCUGCCCACCUAUCAGCGCUCGGAGGUGAUCCUCUUUAUCAUGAGCAAAGUCCCGAUACCAUCCCUGCACCACCCGGUGGAGACCGGAAGGACAGGGGAGAAUAGGAACCGGCUGACCCAGAUCAUGCUGCUGAAAUCUCUCCUUCAGGUAUCCACAGGAUUCCAGUGCAACAACAUGAUGUCAGCCCUGCCCAGCAACUUCCUUGACCGUCUUCUCUCCACCGCCCUCAUGGAAGAUGCAGAAAUCCGCCUCUUCGUCCUAGAGAUUCUCAUCAGCUUCAUUGAUCGCCAUGGCAACCGCCACAAAUUCUCUACCAUCAGCACCCUCGGUGACAUCUCGGUCCUGAAGUUGAAAGUGGACAAAUGCUCCCGGCAGGACACUGUCUUCAUGAAGAAGCACUCCCAGCAGCUGUACAGGCACAUCUACCUGAGCUGUAAGGAGGAGACGAACAUCCAGAAGCACUACGAGGCGCUCUAUGGCCUGCUGGCACUCAUCAGCAUUGAGCUGGCCAACGAGGAGGUGAUGGUGGACCUCAUCCGACUGGUGCUGGCUGUUCAGGACGUGGCCCAAGUCAAUGAAGAGAAUCUGCCUACCUAUAACCGCUGUGCGCUCUACGCUCUGGGAGCAGCCUACCUGAACCUCAUCAGCCAGCUCACAACGGUGCCUGCCUUCUGCCAGCACAUCCACGAGGUCAUAGAGACCAGGAAGAAAGAAGCGCCAUACAUGCUUCCCGAAGACGUGUUUGUGGAAAGGCCCAGGCUGUCUCAAAAUCUAGACGGCGUGGUGAUCGAGUUUCUCUUCCGUCAGAGUAAAAUCAGUGAAGUCCUGGGAGGAAGCGGCUACAAUUCGGACAGGCUCUGCCUGCCCUACAUCCCUCAGCUGACAGAUGAAGAUCGCUUGUCCAAGAGGAAGAGCAUUGGAGAGACCAUUUCCCUUCAGGUAGAGGUGGAAUCGAGGAACAGCCCAGAGAAAGAGGAACGAGUGCCUGCCGAGGAGAUCACCUAUGAGACACUGAAGAAGGCCAUUGUGGACAGUGUGGCAGUUGAGGAACAGGAGCGUGAGCGGCGGCGACAGGUGGUGGAGAAAUUCCAGAAGGCGCCCUUCGAGGAGAUUGCAGCCCACUGUGGGGCCCGGGCAUCGCUGCUGCAGAGCAAGCUCAACCAGAUCUUUGAAAUCACCAUCCGGCCCCCUCCAAGCCCUUCAGGGACCAUCACUGCAGCCUAUGGUCAGCCACAGAACCAUUCCAUCCCCGUCUAUGAGAUGAAGUUUCCCGAUCUGUGUGUGUACUGAAUUCCAGGAGACAGAACUCCUUAGAGGACCCUGUGGGAGGACCGCCCUCCUGCCCACUCUCACCAUCUGGAAAUCUAGCUGGGAGAGCUGAGAAAUAGUCACCUUGGACAGUGGCUCUUCCCAAGUUGAGCAAAGACGGAGCCUCCGGUCCUCCACGGGCCCUCCUGCCUCCUCCUGGUCUUCCAUAAGGAAUAUCCAGCCACCUGCCCCCUGGGGCUAAUGCGCAUCUCACCUGUCUUCCCUUUUGUAUCAGCCAGGGACAGAGAAUCAUGAGGGUGCCUCCACUGAGAAGCAGAGGGGCCUGGGAAGCUUCCAUUGGGAAUGCGUCUAUGAGGGAGGGUCAGCCACCCCCAAGGGAAAGAGCCUGAUGAAGACGUGAUUGGUCUAAGGAAGCCAUAGAUGGUACUCGGGGAAGCUGAGGAAAGCCCCCUCCCCACCCUCAUCAGGAAGUGACAGUGUGAAAGAUGUCUGCUCUCACCUCUUAGUCUCGGGUGUCCUGCCCGGCCUCUUCUUUAAUCUCCAGUUAUCUGUGUCUCUUUUUCUACUAUCAAUGAACGCUGAGCACUUAGAGCAGGAGCUGGGGUAGAGAUGCUGGGGUAGAGAUGCUGGGGUAGAGAUGCUGGGGUAGAGAUGCUGGCGGCAGAGCAACAGGCUGGGGACGGAGGGGGACGGCUUCUCCUAGGCUGGGUGGCAGCAUCGGCAAGGCACAGUGUGACCAGUCUGUGCCUCCGCGGUGUUGUGUCUUCUCAGCUCCUCUAUCCGGAGGAAGCCUGUGGCGGAUCUUCUCCCGUUCUCUCUCUUCGGGAGGUUUCCCGGGUAGUUAAGUUUGGUCCCAGAUGUCGAUCUUCCAGAUAUCCCACAGUGUUUCCACACCCUCUGGGUUGAGAGAAAGCUGAGAAAGCUAGCUGGUUCUAGGGGACUGGAAAGCAGGGGGGCGGGGGGGAUGCUGGGGCCCUGAGGCCGGUUUACAUCGCUUCCUGGAAGAUGCUCCCAGAAGAGCUGUGUGUGUUUGUGUGUUUGUUUGUUGGGAGGUUGGGGGGGGGGGGUUGGGGACAAAGGAGGGAGCAAUUGAGCAAAUGUCACUUUGGGGUUCAAGGAAAGAGAUGUAACAGCUAGGAUUGAAAUGAUAUUUUCCCUCUCUGGGCAAAGUCUGAGACAUUGGGGACAAUUAAUCGGCCUUGCUGUGGCCUGGGUCGAGGUGGUGGAAAUCCCUUUGGCUCCGUUUUCCCUCUGUGCCACCUACCUGUGCCUAUGUGACUCGUGUGCCGGGAGCCGCUAACCCAGGACUGGGUGGGUGCAGAAAGGACCACUCGACCCUUUCCUGAUGCCCCUCUGGGUGCCUUUGUGCCUCCCAGGAGGCCUCUGGCAGCACCCCCAGGAGGCCUCUGGCAGCACCCCAGGCCUCCUCCAGUGGGAGCCCCCUAUGGUCCAGGACAGUCCUUUCUUUCCCUUUUAAACUUCCCAUAAGUUUCUCUGAGCUGUUUUCCUCUCGAACUGCCUCUCGAGAUUUUGCUUCUUAGGAAGAAGGAAGUAGAUCUGGUGACCUGCGGGAGUCCUUUCCAGGGUGUAAUUUUAGGCAGUGUGACGUGGGGUCAUAAAGGAGCCAUUUCUGCUGAGGAGGGUGUGGGCUUCUCGGGACGCUCUAGACCACAGCCCUGCCUAUGACCCCGCAUGAUGACAGCCCGCUCACUAGGACAGGUGGGAACAUUUUCCAGAAUUAGGAGAACUGGAACACAUGGACCUCCCCAUGGCACACGUGCUAAAUGUCACAGAUGGGGCCCGUCUGACCCUGUCCCCAUAGUUUCUUCACUUCUAAUGCAACUCUCCCCGUGCUCUCUGCACUGAGCUGGGGCUCAUGGCUCCUGCAUGGCCUGCAUGAUCUCAGGUCCCUGAGGACGAGGCCGCCCGUGACUUUGGAGCCAUGUGGCUGUUGCUCAAUCCAACUUUAUAAGCAUGGACUUAGGUUUUUUCCUUAAUACCUCUUUAGUAAGAAGUCAAAUUUUAAAAAAAAAGCACGAAAGCAAGUAACCCUUUAGAAACUAAGAAAAAUCUAAGGUUUGAGCUAAAAACACCUUCCUUCACCUGCCUGCCACAUCCUUUAUACCAGGCCUGGCUUGGAUAAGAGUUCACCAGUUUUUUCUUGUUCCCGAGUGACAUCAGUGUCCACCCCUGAGGUAUCUUGACCCUGAUUGUGGUUUGUGAGAGCCACUUCCUUGGAGACUUCCUAGAGCAUGAGGGGCCUACACAGGCCCCACUCAGAUACUUCUGUCCCUCAGCCCUGCCCAGCAACAGGAGAAAGGGGACCGAGUUCCAAUUCUGCGGACUCAUCUGCUCCUCCUCAGUCCCUCUGUAUGUCCUCUUUUUCUCCACACCCAGGCUGCUUAGUGGGGACAUGCUGCUUCUAGAGAGCUGGCCAUUGGUGUGCCCUCUUCUGGGUAGAUUUAAGUUGAUAUUCAGUAAGAUAUUGGGGUGCCUGUUGACAGGGAACGGAAUCCGAUCCUGGCCGAGUAUGCCUCGGAGUCAGGAAGUCUAGAUGGUGAUCACAGGGGUCUGUCACUCCAAACAAGGCUGGGGAAGAGAGGCAAAAGCAGAGUGGGUGGGAGCUGGGGAGGAACCCGGUGGGACUCUCGCCUUCCCUGCCUCUGGUGUCUGAUAGCGCUGUCUCCUGCUCUGUUCUGUACACCCUCUCUGCUGUAAGCCAGAGCCAAAAGGAGCCAGCCAACUCUUUAAGGCCAACUGGCCCCCAGCCCACCACCACCACCACCACCCAGGGCUCUGGCCUCAUAGGCCAGGGCCAGAGGGUGGCCUCCUGAUGACAGACUCUAAUGGGCACGAGUGUGAGGUUCAGAAGUUAGUUUGGUCAAUCAUAAGCAAGUGUAAGAAGUGGAUUGACAGAAAAUACCUGUGACCCAGAAGCAGCUGCUCUUUCCCCUGCGCUGAGCCUGUUUCCUCUUAACUUCGAAGACUAGAAAUAAAUGGUUUCAUGACUCCUCAAUGACCACAUAAGAAAACCUAAAAAUGUCCUGUGACCGGGCCCCGACCUACACAGUGCAGGGGAACAUAGGCCUGGGCCAAGGACCCUGGUCAGAGCAGCCCUGUCCUGUAUGCUACCUGUGCACGGGCUGUUCCCGGGCCCACAGGACACAGUUCAGCUGGAGUGGGAUUUGGAAAAGCCCUAAGGUUCCUCCGGAUAUCUUUGGGUUGGGGGGAUCCCUGGGUCAUGGUGCCUUCCAGUGACCUGUUGUCGUAGGCCUCCCAACCUGCUGCAGAGAUGCUGCUGAGCAUGAGUGGCUGGCUGUGUUUGGGGGCCUGGGGGAAAGGGAAGUCUUGAGCUGUGGGUCUGAAUGUUGUUUGAAAGCAGGCUGGAAGGUGGGAGAGAGUCGUAUUAGGCAGGCUGCGUCUGCUUCCCUUGACCUUCUCUGGCAGCAGGGGUCCUGGCCUCUGGAAUCUGGGGAAAAGGUUCAAGGAAAAUUGUUGCCUCUAUCUCUUUAAUAUGGUUUCUAUGGCUCCAUAACCCAAGCUGGGUCUACAUCUAAAGACUACAGAAGAGGAAUCAUGGGAGGUCUUGAUCCUGGAUACCUGGGGGAGUGAUAAGGAGAAGCCUUGGGCUAGAGGGAAGAACUUCAUGGCCCCGUUGGCUGCCCCCUGGCACCAGCCUGGCUCCUUCAGGAAGCAUAGGGUCUCCUGAGCCCAGCACUUGCCCCUUUUUUGGUGGUGGUGGUGUGUGGGGGGGUUUGAGACAGGGUUUCUCUGGGUAACAGCCCUGGCUGUCCUGGAACUCACUCUAUAGACCAGGCUGGCCUUGAGAUCUCUGAGAUCUGCUAGGAUUAAAGGCAUGCACUGAACACCCAUAGAUGCUGCAGCCCAUCCACCUCAAUGUGUCUGAGUUCUUUUAGACCUUCAUGACCUGGCUGAGUGUGUAUGUGCCUAUGUCCAUGCAUGUGUUUAAUGUAGUUAGUAGUUGCCAACGUUGUGUAUAUACUAGCCGACUUAUUUAUAUGUGAGUACAGAAUCGGCACCUGUGGCAGUUCUCUGUAUUUUAAACUUGUUGAAUCAAAUUAGUUUUCCUUCCGGGGAGGCAGGGGGUGUUGGAAGGACUAUUCCAAAGUCAUUCUUUUAGGACUAUUAGUCGUGGUUUCCCAAUGAGACUUCACAAUGCCCUUUUCAAAUAAAUGUUAAUGUUGUCACCAUA